GGGGCUUGCAAGCUCCGCCCCUUCCUAGCAGCCGCCGCAGCUAUAAGCGCCGCUUUUCAUGGCGGAGGCGGUGGGGUUGUUGCGGAGGGUGAGGGGCUGCCUGGAGGGUUUCUCCGCCGAGACGAAGGAGUUGUGUUUCACAGAGUCUGUGCCCUAUCUAGAUAGCCUUCCAUCCCCUCUGGAAUUCUGUCGGGAAUGGCUGUGUCCAAACAAGCCGUGCGUAAUUCGGAAUGCAUUCAGCCAUUGGCCAGCACUGAAGAAGUGGACUUUAGAUUACUUAAGGGAAGUAAUGAGCACCAAAUUGGUGAGUGUAGCAGUAACUCCAAAUGGUUAUGCUGAUGCAGUUUAUCAGGACUGGUUUGUUAUGCCGGAAGAACGACGCAUGCCAUUCAGUGCAUUCUUGGACAUUCUGGAGAAAAAAAUAACUUCCCCUGGAGUGUUCUAUGUACAGAAACAGUGUUCAAACCUUACUGAGGAAUUCCCUGAACUUAUGGGUGAUCUAGAGCCUGAAAUACCUUGGAUGAGCGAGGCACUUGGAAAAAAGCCUGAUGCUGUGAAUUUCUGGCUGGGAGAAUCUGCUGCAGUAACAUCUUUACAUAAGGACCAUUAUGAAAACUUGUAUUGUGUGAUUUCUGGAGAGAAACAUUUUCUACUGCAUCCACCAAGCGAUCGCCCCUUCAUCCCAUAUGAACUGUAUCCACCAGCAACAUACCAAGUAUUAGAAGAUGGGAAAUUUAAGAUUGUGGCUGAUAAAACGUCAGAGAAGGUGCCCUGGAUUCCUUUGGAUCCUUUAAAUCCAGAUCUAGAACGAUACCCAGAAUAUGCCCAGGCAAAGCCUUUGAGAUGUACUGUGAAAGCUGGUGAGAUGUUGUAUCUCCCUUCUCUCUGGUUCCAUCAUGUUCAGCAAUCACAUGGUUGCAUAGCAGGAUUCUCUUUCACCUGCAGGAGUCUCCCUUGGAAAUACUCCUUCAGUCUGCAGAAGCACAAUUUAGGAUUCAAGUCACAGUAGAUUAAAUCUUGAAGUGUUCCCAAAUAAUUUGAUAUCUUUGGUGGAAAUUUCAUACACAGCCUUUAAUUAAAUUAGUGUGAGCCACAAUCUGGUAAUUCAUCUUUGGUAAAAUCGAGUGCAUAAGAAAAAAAUCAUUCUAAACAGUUCCACUAAAAACAAACAAAAACACUUUGCAAUGGGUUCUGGACUGUAAAUUAAAUCUAUCCUGCAUUGCUGCCCUUGUGUUAAUUUUUUUCAAGUUCUGUUUUCCAAAAAAAUGCACAAAACUGAUGUAUUAGAAAGCUCCAGAAUCACUUUGUAAUAUUAAUCAAAGAGUUUAGUCAUAAAUACUUUUUGAUUUCACUGAUUCCAACCUAAGUGUGAUUAAAUUUGAAUUUAACCCAUAAAUAUUUGUAUUACUCACCUUGACUUGGUUCCAAGACUGACACAAUGUUUGCACAAUUUCCAAACUUGCACAAGGAAAGCAUUCCAUAUUUCCUUAUGCAAGCAGUUUUAUUGGCUGGAAGCUGGAUAGUAUACUAAGUACUAAUCUUCUUACAAAAGUAUGAGCUUCAAGUAUUCAAAAUUGUAACUUUUCUGUUUCACCCAGCAUACAGUGUAUUGUUUAACAGUUAAUAUGUGAUAAAUAAAUAACAAAACUAGUGCUGUGGGAUUCUCAGGAACCUACACUUAAUAUGGCUGUGCUGUCGUAGACAGCGCUGAAAUAAUAACAUGCAUUAGGCUAACCAGCUACAAAACAGCUGAUUAGCUAUUUGAAUCUUAUGAGAAUGCCACCCUCACUGCUGUCACUAUUGGAGUACAACUUCUGGUACUCUCCAGAGUCUAAAAAAGAAACUUUUUUUAAAGUGCUGUCAGGUUUGGAUACAUAAUGUACUUGGAGAUGGAACUACGAAUGCCAUUCUGCAUGGAAAACUGUCUAUCACUAGACGGGUAACUUGUGAUCUACGAGACUGAAUUGCAGUUCCCAUAAUUCUUCACUUGCUGUGUUUGUGACGCAGAGAACAUCCAGCUGACCAAUCAGAAGGCAGCUGAGGUCCAGCCAAUAGAAUGUGGGCUGGGACCUUUGAACAUUCCAUGCAUCCAGUUGGUUUUGGCAGUUGGAAUGUUGACAGUUGGGAGUCAGUUGGGGGUUUAGAAUCUCGAGGGAGGAGGCUGGUGUCCAGUAGUUGAGGGAACAGUUGAGUCCAAGAGAGGACUGGGUUCCAUGAGUUCCUGAGGGAAUAGUUAAUUAGGGCUUGGAAUCCUGAGAGUGAGGACUCCAGGGAUAGAGAAGGACAGUUAGGGGUAGAGUUUGAGUGGGAAAGGGCUCCCUACCGUUUCACUUCCAGGACUCUAGGAAAGGGAGUGGCUGGAGUGUGAUAUCCUGCAGGAUAUCGUUAGCCUUGGUGGCUGAGUUAGAAAAAAGAAUUGCCUAAAGAGGGACAGGAAAGUCCUGAGGUGGUUAAAGAAGAUCUGGGGAAAGAGGAAUAACAGUAGCAAAGUAAAGGGUACGAAUGUAACUAAGUAACACGUGCCUGAACUAACAGCUGGUUAAUGCCAUUUAGUUCAAGUAAUAUUUGUUUAAACCCUUUGUUCAAUAAAGUUCAUAUUUUGUUUUAUCUAAAGGCUUGUCUGCCAUAUAUAUUAUAUCCACGCUACUAUAUUAUAUAACAUUGCGAACCUGAGUUUUAACCAGGGUGCUGUCAUCAAUUGUAUUUGGUGAUAGAACAUAAAGAGUCAUUACAUAAAUUGGUUGGCAGCACGGUGAGAUAAUAAAAGUCCCAAGUGCCUGCCACAUAUGAAAGGGGAUUCGUUACAUAUUUUGGGUGGCAGCGGUGGGAUUAGAAAACCCCAUAGGACUGCCAUCAGGAAAAUGUAGCGGGUGAACUCCAAAUCCACGAACCCGAAGGCCCGUGGCCUGCCAGAGGACAAGCAGAGUCAAGGAGACCGAACUGGCUAGGAUAAAAAACCGCUUUAUUUUCUUGGCCAAGGGCAGCAGCACGCACACACAGCAAGGUGGGCGUUAUCAAAACUGCAGCCCCGAGGGCCUCUUUGCCAUCUUCUUUUAUGCCCUUCUAACUCUACUUUUCCUAGCGUAAGCCAAUCACAAAAGCGAUACAGCAUUAUGUCCUACAUUUUCUUUUUGGCAUUACAUUUGCUUGGCAUUACAUUUGCUUGCUUGCUUGCUUGGAGCCUGGAAUGUACAGAGAGAGAUAACUGUAAAAGAGAUCUAGGCUCUUCAAGGCCGCUGGUUAAACACAGGCCAUUGUAUUCAGAGCCCUCCAGAGGAAGGAGGGGGUGAUUAUGUGAGUGUGUAUACUACUGCCACACAUACAGAAAGAAAGGGUGGGGGCCAGCAUAGCCCAUUUGCACUUUACUCUGUAGGCUCAAUCUAUGGGCCUUCUGUAACUAUUGAUUCUUUUGCAAAGCAAAGUACAGAAGCAAGAAAGCAUUAUUAUUAUUGUGUCCCUAUCAGAAGGAGUGUUGUCGUUACAAUGCUGACCAGAGCUAACAUCUGAAAGGUCAGAAGCUGCCUAUUCUUGAUCUGUGUCAGGCCUGCACAAUUUAGCAGUAGGUAGGGGCUACAAAUAAAAUGGAUUAACUUGUUCGGGCACAGAUUGGGCACAGCAGGAGCCAUGCAGGACUCUGAAGGCCUUGGGGAGGUACGGAGGUGUCAUAGAAUUUUAGAGUUGGAAGAGACCACAA